GCUCCCGCCCCACUCCGCCAUCACCCAGUCCUGAACAAUAAAGGGGAUUAAAAUAAAACCAAGAAAAACAGUUAUGGGACCGCGGGGGUCUGACAGCAGCCUCUAACUAACCCAUUGAGACUGUAGAGAAUGAUUAAAUAUGAUGGGAAAUGAGAGUGGAGGAGGUUCGGGCUCGGCUGAUCAGCGGUACAGCCUUUUUUUCAUUGACAAUCAGCUGAUGAUGUUCAGGAGCCUCUGAGGGACAGAAGACUCGCGUGUCUCCAGGUUGGGAGUCCUAAAAAAAAUCCGACAUAUUUUUUUUGGACAUUGAGCGCUAAAUAUGUGUUUGUAUAUAUACAUAUAUCUGGUUUGAUGUUGAAAUGAAGAUUGUUUUUGUUGACUGAAGAAAAGGAGCAGCAUUUUUUCCUCAUCAGGCCGGACACUCAGCUAGCUUUAGCUUUAGCUUUAGCUAGCUACAGCGGAGACAUCACGGCGCUGGCCAUGCCAUCGAGUGUGCGGGCCGGGAGUCUGAAGGACCCGGAGGUGGCCGAGCUCUUCUUCAGGGAAGAUCCAGAGAAACUUUUUACAGACCUCCGUGAGAUUGGCCAUGGCAGCUUCGGGGCCGUCUACUUUGCCCAUGACAUCCGCACCAAUGAAGUGGUGGCCAUUAAGAAGAUGUCCUACAGCGGCAAGCAGUCGAACGAGAAGUGGCAGGAUAUCAUCAAAGAAGUGAAGUUCCUUCAGAAGCUGCGGCACCCAAACACGGUGGAGUACAAAGGCUGCUACUUGCGAGAGCACACAGCAUGGCUGGUGAUGGAGUAUUGUUUAGGUUCAGCCUCUGACCUAAUUGAAGUGCACAAGAAGCCAUUGCAGGAAGUAGAGAUUGCAGCGAUCAUUCAUGGUGCUCUGCAGGGCCUGGUGUACCUUCACUCCCACAACAUGAUUCACAGAGAUGUGAAGGCGGGAAAUAUCUUGCUGACUGAGCCAGGGCAGGUGAAAUUGGGAGAUUUUGGCUCUGCGUCCAUCAUGGCGCCUGCCAAUUCCUUUGUGGGCACGCCCUACUGGAUGGCUCCUGAAGUGAUCCUGGCCAUGGAUGAGGGUCAGUAUGAUGGGAAAGUAGAUGUAUGGUCACUUGGCAUCACAUGCAUUGAGCUGGCGGAGAGAAAGCCUCCCUUAUUUAAUAUGAAUGCUAUGAGUGCCUUAUACCACAUCGCUCAGAAUGAAAGCCCAGUCCUGCAGUCUAAUCACUGGUCAGAUUAUUUUCGAAAUUUUGUGGACUCCUGUCUACAGAAGAUUGCCCAGGACAGACCUACCUCUGACGUGCUUCUCAAGCAUCAUUUCCUGUGUCGUGAGCGUCCUCUAACUGUGGUGAUGGAUCUAAUUGCACGCUCUAAAGAUGCCGUGCGAGAACUGGACAACCUACAGUACCGCAAAAUGAAGAAGAUACUCUUCCAGGAAACGCACAAUGGUCCUGCUGCAGAGGGGACUGAGGAGGAGGAGGAUGUAGAGCAGUACAUGCUGCGCACAGGAACAGUAAACAGCAUGGAGAGCUCGCACUCCCUGCCCUCCAUGUCAAUCAGCGCUAGCUCACAGAGUUCUUCAGUGAACAGCCUGGCUGAUGGCUCAGAUGACAGUGGUGAGAUGGCCAUGAUGCAAGAAGGAGAGCACACAGUGACCUCUAACAGCUCCGUAUUGCACAAACCACUGAGCCAUGAUAACAUCUAUGAUGAGCCCUACCAGCCCGAGGUGGACUCUCAGCAGCAGGGACCAUCUGGAGGAGGAGGUGGUGGUGGUGGUGGUGGAGGAGGAGGCGGAGGCGGAGGGCGGCGUCGUCGAGGCCGCGAUCACUUUGCUACGAUCCGCACGGCUUCACUGGUGACACGUCAGAUCCAGGAGCAUGAGCAGGGUUCAGCGCUGAGAGAGCAAAUGACUGGCUACAAGCGUAUGCGCCGCCAGCACCAGAAGCAGCUAAUGGCCCUUGAGAACAAGCUGAAGGCUGAGAUGGAUGAGCACCAGCUGCGGCUUGAUAAAGAACUCGAGACACAGAGGAACAACUUCAGCAGCGAGAGCGACAAGUUCGGCAAGAAGCAUCAAGCCAUACUGGAAAAAGAGAGUAAGAAUACUUCAACAGAGGAAAAGAAGUUCCAACAGCACAUCUCAACUCAGCAGAAGAAAGAGCUUACUACUCUGCUUGAGUCUCAGAAACGCCAGUAUAGACAACGCAAAGAGCAGCUCAAGGAGGAGUUGAAUGAGAACCAAUCCACACCAAAGAGGGAGAAGCAGGAGUGGCUGGUGCAGCAAAAGGAGUGUCUACAGCAGCACCAGGCUGAGGAAGAGGCAGGCUUGCUGCGACGCCAGAGACAGUAUUAUGAUCUACAGUGCCGCCAGUACAAAAGGAAGAUGCUGUUGGCACGACACAACUUGGAGCAAGACCUGCUCAGAGAGGAACUGAAUAAGAAACAGACACUGAAGGACCUGGAGUGUGCAAUGCUGCUACGGCAUCACGAGUCCACACAGGAGUUGGAGCUGCGUCAGCUGGGUCUGGUGCAGAGAACACGGGCAGAGCUGAUUCGCACGCAGCACCAGAGUGAACUCACCAACCAGCUGGAAUAUAACAAGCGGCGUGAACAGGAGUUGCGCCAGAAACACGCUGUCGAAGUCCGCCAGCAGCCAAAGAGCCUCAGAUCCAAGGAGCUGCAGAUCAAGCGUCAAUUCCAGGACACAUGCAAGAUCCAGACACGGCAGUAUAAGGCACUGAGGAACCAUCUUCUGGAAAAUACUCCCAAAUCGGAUCAUAAAGCCAUGCUAAAGAGGCUAAAGGAUGAGCAGACACGCAAGUUGGCAAUCCUUGCUGAGCAGUAUGACCACUCAAUCAACGAUAUGCUGUCCACUCAGGCUGUGAGUAAGCUGAGAUUGGACGAGACCCAGGAGGCUGAGUAUCAGGCACUGAAGAUGCAGCUGCAACAGGAACUUGAGCUGCUGAAUGCGUAUCAGAGUAAGAUCAAGAUCCACACUGAUUCGCAGCAUGAGAGAGAGGUCAAGGACUUGGAGCAAAGAGUGUCCAUCCGUAGAGCUCUACUGGAGCAGAGGAUAGAGGAGGAGAUGCUUUCCUUGCAGAAUGAGCGCUCCGAGAGGAUCCGUUCACUGCUCGAGCGUCAAGCAGGUGAGAUUGAGGCCUUCGAUUCAGAGAGCCUGCGUCUUGGCUUUAGCAACCUGGCAUUGACUGGCAUUCCUUCAGAGGCCUAUCCAAAGCAGGGUUAUCAGUCUGGCCACUGGAGCCACGGAGGUGCAACACCCCUCCCACACGCUCACCCACGGCGAGGUCCCAGCCGCUCUGAAUCCUCUUCCUCUUCCCAUGCGCUGGGCCCAUUGCACCACUCCUCCCGCUCCUCAUCUUCGUCCUCCUCUUCUUCUCACCAUCAUCGCCACCACUUGGCUCAACACUACCACCAUCAAAGCACACCACAGCUGUACCGCGAGCGAGAGAGGGAUAGAGAUCGGGAAAAAGAGAGGGAGUGGGGAGGAGGCGGGGGGAGAGCCGAGCUGGUCCACCACCUUGCCUUCCCACAUCAUCUUCCCUCUCGUUCCUCCUCUCAGUCACUGGCUCUUCUCCCUCCUCCUCCUCCUCCAGCACCAGCCUCCAUCUCACAUUCCUCCUCCUCCUCCUCUUCCUCCUCCUCUUCUCAGGGGGUAUAUGGAGGGGGUGGAGGGGGGCUAGUGGUGCGAGGCCCAAGCCUGAUGGCUCUGAGAAACAGCCCUCAGCCACUACGCAGAACGGCAUCUGGGGGUGGAGGACAGAGUGCCGAUGGAGUGUUGAGCCGCAGCACCUCUGUCACUUCCCACAUCUCCAAUGGCUCCCAUCUCUCCUACUCUUAAAGCAGAAUGUAAUUUGUCUCAAGAUUUGUUUGGGUGUUUCCGCUUUAUUUUUAUUUAAUGCUUUUAAGAACAGGGGAGUUAAAAAUGGAGAGAAAUCGAAAGAGCACAUUUAAUUGCUGUUUUUAUUUAGCUGGUCAUCAUAGGUGUUUGUUUCUUUUUUUUUAUGUUGAAAACAGUACAGGCUUGAAUCAUCUCCACUGCCUUUAUGAAGUUUUAAAGGAACGAUGUGGUACUUACAUUUCUAUUCGGUGAUGGAGAAUACAAACGUACUCAAGACGCGAAUGCAGAAUGUUUAUAAGGUUACAAUUACGUCAACCACUUUCAGCGCUUUGUAUGCGUGUAUUGAAAAAAGGUCAGUCAGACUUUACAAUUACAUUUGUGUCCGUGGGCGUUGCCCCAGUGCAUGAGAUUAAUGUACAAAAAAAAUACAUUUGUAUUUGUAACCUACAUUUGAAUACGUAAGGCUACUGUACUUGUCCAUUGUAGACAUUUAGUCAGGUUCCCGCCAAUUGGAUCUUUUAUUGUAUAUAAUAUUUGAAGUGUUAAAGCAUUGUGUCCACAGUUUUCUAUAGUAACGAUAAUCAUCAUAACUUUGAUAUAAUAUGUGAAUUAAAUAUUCUGAACAUUUAGCUACAACGGGGAGUCAUGUUUAUUAUGUACACAUUUUUUUUCUUCCAAAAUCUAAAGUCUGUUUUGAGCAAUUACCUUGUAAAAGGAAUCAUUUUAACGUAAAAAAAAAAAAAUGUUACUGUGUCAGAUUUGGUGUGUUAUAGGUAUUAAUGGUUACAAACAUUUGAUUAUAAAUAUUUUGUAUGACUGCGUGUUGGCCAAAUUGUACACAAUUCAUUAAUAAUAAUGGCCUUUUUUUUUUUUUUUUUAAACAACCGUGAACACCAUGUUUGGUAUGAAUUUGAAAACAGUAAGAAUGUGACAUCAAACACUAGUCACACUAGAUUGCGAUCAGUAAUAUGGAAAUCGAUAAUAAUGAAGUUAUAUUAUUUAUUAAGUUAUAUUAUUUAAUGCCUCUUCUGACAUUAAAUAAUAUUCAAUUAAAUGUUAGAUGUUUUUAAUGUAAAGAAAUGACUGACUCACUGGGAACACUGAGGCUAUAUUGUAUUUUUUUAUUUGAUUUUAAUUUUAUUUAUUUAUUUAUUUAUUUUGCAUUAUUAAAUCUGCCCUUACAGAAAGCAUGAAAUUCUUGUUUAAAAAAAAAAAAACAAAAAAAAAUGUAUAUAAAAUUACAAGAAUGUACCAGAAACACAAGAAUCAUGCAUUUUGCAGUCAAAGGGUAAUCACCAAUACAGUGUUUUUGCCUCAGCGGUACAAAAAAAAGACAGAAACACCAGCUCAGAUGACUCUGUAUAAUCUACAUCCUUUGUGCUUGGUUUAAAACAGUGCAUGCAGAACAACUUGUGUUUGUUGAAUAUCUAGUUGAUGGGAGGGCCAAUGAUGUGCCAUAGAAAUGUAUUUUAAUGCCCAAAAGUGACUGGUUUCAGAGCAGCUUUUCAUGGCCUGCUCUAAAUAGUAUAAGCAAGGGCUAAUGCCGACUGAGCUGACCCCGGACAGGGGGCCGGCACACGUCCGAGUUCAUGUAUGAUGGUAAAGGAGGCUCUCGUGUUUAGGAUCUGUGUUUUCAUCUCACUUAAGUGUAGGCUGAUUGUAAAAGUGAGUACUGGAUAGAGCAGGUUUUGCUGAGAGGACAUUUUUAGUAAAGACUUUAAACUUAUUAAAUAUUUACAUUAAGCUGUUUCUGGCUUGAAGGAAAUGGGGUCCUUUGGAAACGUGUGAAACGAAAUGAAAAAAAAAGUAAUUAAAAAUGUAAUAAAUUAAUAUUUAAAAAAAUGUAGCGUCUCUGUCAUCAUUUUGAGCUUUUAACAAUGCAGGUUAUGGGGUAGGAGUAGCUCAGGGGUCUUGAGUUUAAAUCCCAGUAACACCAAUCUGCCACUGUUGGGACCUUGAGCAAGGUCCUUAACCCAUCAAGUGCGUGAUUGUAUGAAUUCGAUAAAUGUAAGUCACGAUUAAUAAGGGCUUCCGCUAAAAUGUCAAUCUGUGGGGUCAAAGCUUAUGGUAUUGUUUCAAUGUUCUACUUGGACAUUGGGUUAUAGAUUUAUUUUUAUAACCAUCACCAGCAUUGUACACAUUUUAUUUUUCCUCUAUACAACACCUUGUCUCUAGAGAGUCACAUUUGUACUGUCCAUAGUAAAACAGGGUCCUCGGCGUCACUGGGACGUGCCCUUUAAGACACGCACGGCCCGUUAUUUGUUGCUUAUUCUUGCCGUUUGGUGAAUCCGGGCCGAUGACGUCAGCGCACGGAACGCACUGCCGCGUUAUAGAUUUUUGUCGGCAGAGAUCCUGAGCGCUCUUGACGCAGGGCUGGCUACGUCCGAAAUUGCACGAUAGCGUGCUAAAUAGGAUGUGAAAGUAUAGUGUAGUGUGUGUUUAUUUGACACGCUGUUCAGCGCGGGGUUCAUGCGGCUCGGGGUGUAACACGGCUCCACUCCCGCGCCACGCUCGGACGGAAAUAGAGAGGCGGGAGGGAGGAAAGAGGGGGGGGGUCAACUCCGGCUGCUGCAUCCCUUUAAGAGCAACCGGGGACAUAGCGGUGAGAGAGAAAAGGAGAGGAGGGGGAGAAGAAAGAGGAAUUUAAAAAAGAAAAGGAAGAAAGGAGACAGGGGAGGAGGGAGGGAGGAGAGAGAGAGAGCGUGUGUGUAAGAGCGAGCACCGCGAUUGAAAAAAAAAAAGAAAAAAAAAAAAGAAAGAUGUCAUCGUGCGAAGGGAAGCGCCGAGGUGGAGCGGUAGGCCGAGGCCGGGCUCCGGCACCGCUUGCCCGGGUCACGGCGUGAACGCAACACCGAGGCUUCGACCAAACCCCCGAUUGGCCUGUUCAGGGCGGGCGGGGGGAGGGAAAGCCGGGGGAGGGGGACAAAAAUAACAACACAGAUUUAUGAAUCGGAUUUUUUCUUUGGGUUUUUUUUUUUACACCUUUUUUUCCCCCAACGCGUGAAUCCCAUCAUGUGUGAGGGUUAAAACAAGGUUGAAAACCGAGUCAGAUCACGAUGUGUUUUGCUGCAUGUUGUAUGUAAGGUUGUAUAACUAAGAACGAUUGCUUUCGUUCGUCGAGUUGCUGAAUUGCGUGUUAAGUUUCUGACGUUUCGGUUCGUUUCCAUAAAAAUGUACUACUAGCGGUCAUUUCAUAUAAAUCAGCGCGAUCGCUUUUAAAAA